UGUUUAUUUCGGCUGAGAAAUGGGAUUAUCCGGAAUAUUUAAAGAAACGCAACCUAUAUAAACCAUAUAUCCCAUAUAAGAUAUUUUUAUUGUCUGAAAUGGAAUAAGAUACUCGAUUUUAAAUCACUUUGGUUAUGGAUAGUUUGAGCAAACUUAUCGUAGCCGGCGACUAUACUUUUUAACGCCGUUAUGAGAAGUAAGCGAUCAUAUGUUUAUUGACAGGAAAUGACAACAGCAACCGACAAUUUUCUUCUAUUGACAACGCAGUCGGUGAAGGGAAACAUUUUGGUUUUUUUUUGCAUUGAGUAUAGCAAUUAAAAGUUAAAGUAAAAACGCAAUUAAAUGGCAAAUUAACCAAACUAGUGCAAUCGUUUUCCAGCUCAACUCGUGUAUUAGAGGAACGCAAGCAAGCUUUGGAGCUAAAGCCAUUUGCAAAGCUUGGUGAAAAAAUUUGCUGCGAACCUUGUGAGGUUGUACAACAAAACCCAGAAAAAUGUUUCGUAGUCGCAGUUGGUUUGGAGGGAAUUGGAACCGCCCAAAGAAUCGCCUUUCAUUGGAACAUCUAAAGUACCUGUACAGUAUACUAGAGAAAAAUACGACUGUGUCGGAGAGUAAUCGCGGACUCUUGGUGGAAUCACUGCGAUGCAUUGCAGAAAUACUGAUCUGGGGCGAUCAGCAUGACUCUUCUGUAUUUGAUUUCUUUCUUGAGAAAAAUAUGCUGUCCUACUUUUUACACAUAAUGCGUCAAAAAAGUGGGGGCUCGAGCUUUGUGUGUGUGCAGCUAUUACAAACGUUAAAUAUUUUAUUUGAAAACAUACGCAAUGAGACAUCGCUGUAUUAUCUCUUGAGCAACAAUCAUGUCAAUUCUAUAAUUGUACACAAGUUUGAUUUUUCCGACGAGGAUGUAAUGGGCUAUUACAUUUUAUUUUUAAAGACGCUGAGUCUUAAACUCAAUACGCAUACCAUACAUUUCUUUUACAAUGAACAUACAAAUGACUUUCCGCUUUAUACAGAGGCUAUUAAAUUCUUUAAUCAUCCCGAAUCUAUGGUUCGUAUAGCAGUACGCACCAUCUCACUAAAUGUCUAUAAAGUGCAAAAUGCCAGUAUGUUGCGGUUUAUCAGAGACAAAACUGCCGCUCCUUAUUUCAGUAAUCUCGUAUGGUUCAUUGGCAAGCAUAUUUUGGAGUUAGACACUUGCGUGCGAACUGAUAUUGACCAUCAGUCAAAUCAGAAACUGUCCAAUUUGGUCGCCGAACAUCUCGAUCAUUUACAUUACCUGAACGAUAUUCUGCUACUCGAAAUAGACGACUUGAAUGCCGUACUUACCGAACAUUUGCUGCACAAGCUCUUUGUGCCGCUUUAUAUCUUCUCACUUACGCCCGCGCCACCUCCUCCUUCACUCGCCGUGGCUACACAAAAUCUAGCAGCGGUUCUAAAUCGGCCAGUCGAUAUUGAUAUACAAGAGAUUACUAAUCCACGUGUAUCAUCAAUCGUCGCCUUGUACCUGUUGUCUUUGGUCUUCUUGGUUGUAACACAUUCGCCGCUAGUGCAUGCCCUUGCCUGGGUGAUACUAAAUGGUGAUCACAGUGUCUUUAAAGAGGGCGCUGCUGAAGUAUUAAAUGCUUAUGUAGAGCAUCGCUUGGCUGUUGUGCCUGGUUUUGGCGAGCCGCGUGAAAGUUUGGAGCAAGCAUUAGAGACUGUAGGUGCUAACUCAUAUAGUUAUAGCUAUGAAGGUGACGAUUUGAAUACGGUUGAGGCCACAGCUGGUACAAGUACUACAGCAACAGCAGCGGAAAAUGUGGGAGAAUCCAUUGUUACGACAACAACUACGGAUGCUGAUGAGCAAAGAGAGGAAAGCGAUGCGCAAGUGAUAAAGCGUAAAUUUUCAGCGGGCAAAGCAAGCGUAGCUGCGGAAAUUGUACUAAAUAAUGCCAAAUUAGCUAAUAUCACCGACGAAGAGAAAGAGAAGCUACAGAAGCUAGGGCAGUCCUCUCAAGGGUUAAGCGAAUUGAGCCGACCGUUUUUACAAAUGGUGCUUUCAGCGUUGGACUGUACAGAGAAUGAUUAUUUAGCGCUUUUGGCAUUAUGUCUCAUUUACGCGAUGGCCUACAACCGAGAUGGUGUGAAGAACGAUUGGUUCGAACAAGUGCUUUCCAAAUCUGCCAAAGGCUCUUAUAGCUAUAAAACGGAACUGAUAGAACGUCUGCUGCACAUAAUAUCGCUCUCCAGUCAGCCGUCCUGUCGCAUACGUCUGAUUACCAUUGAAAUCGCUUUACAACUUCUUGUAACCUUCACUAAGCCUUGCACCGAUGACGCGUGCAUUACAGAAGCUCAGCAAGAUGCAUUGUUUUCAGCGCGCAAUCAGUCUAUGGUGGUUUUACGCAACUUUUAUAAAUCCGAAGACAUCUUUCUUGAUCUUUUCGAGGAUGAAUUUAAUGAAAUGCGCAAAGCGAUUUUGAAUGUUGAAUUUUUGUGUAUGGACUCGACAAUACUCCUACCACCAACUGGUACGCCCCUGACAGGCAUAAAUUUUACACGCCGCCUGCCGUGUGGCGAAGUGGAGAAGGCGCGUCGAGCCAUACGUGUUUUCUUCCUGCUGCGUAGAACAUGCCAAGAAUUUUUAAAUGAAAAAGAAACAUUGCUGCCGCUGACAAAUACCUUGCACCUGGUGCAGGUGGAUAACGUGUUAGACUUAAAUAACAGCGAUUUAAUUGCCUGCACCGUAAUCAGCAAGGAUGGCACCAAGCAGCGACGUUUCCUUGUUAUAGAUUCGUUGCAACUUAUACUCGUUGAACCAGACGCCAAACUGCUAGGAUGGGGUGUAGCUAAAUUUGUUGGAUUCCUGCAGGAUGUAGAAGUGGUCGGCGAUAAGGACGAUUCGCGCUGUCUGCAUAUAACCGUACAUCGUGGUGGCGCGACGCAUAACCGUACGCCGCUAUUAUCGGCGAAAUUCCUUUUCGACGAUCACAUACGCUGCAUGGCUGCGAAACAAAGGCUGACAAAAGGCCGCAGCAAGGCACGCCAAAAGAAAAUGUAUCAAAUCGCGCAACUCAUCGAAAUGCCGGGCCAAGUAGUCGACUCACCGGUCUAUGCAGUAGCUGGUCUACGUGCUGGUAGUGUGGCCAGCAGCAGCUCUCGUUCCUCACGCGAACACCGUCCCAUCUUGUCCACAGCGAAUAGGGUGCCUGGCUUUGCUGCAGCUUUAAAACGCGAUACAAAUAAUGGCGGUGGUGUAAGUCGCAUACAAAUGGCGCGAAAUCGCUCAAUCGAAGGCAUACGUAACGAGAGUGUUGGACGUCCACGUCGUCGCAAUUCCAAUUCCAGUUCACAUUCGUCGACAUCUCAAACGCGGGAAGUAAAUUCAUCACCCGGGCGUGAACAUUCGCCUAGCAGCUCUUCGCAGUCGCGGGAGCAUUCACAGAAUCGUACUUCAACACGUUCGCGUGACAGCAGUCCGCGCAUGCCUAGGCCGCGCUCUGAAGAAAUUCCGCUUGAAGAUUUCCAACAUUCACGCAACAAUAGUCCACAAUCACGUGGCAGUUCUUCACACGUCAAUACGCCAACACGUGUACUUACGCCAUCACGCGCGUUAAAUUACGAACAGAUCGCCAUUUCUGUGCAUAAUGGUAUGCCACGCGAAACGCAUUCCCCAGCGCCGCUUAACCCAACGCAGUUAAAUGGUGUUGCUAUUGCAAAAGAAGUCGUUGUACCGGUCGCUAGCUCCGAAGAGACAUCGUUUAUUGGCAGCGAGGAUGCACCAUCGAGUGAGCAACGACGUCGCGGAAUUAUCGAAACAGUAUAAAACUUAUGAACCGCUGUAGAUUUGCAUUAGGUUAAUAUAGAGGAUAAUAUACUAGUUUGUUUUGCGUUUAUAAUCCAUAAUCACAAUAUUCAUAUGUUUAAUCAACAAAACAAUAACAAUGAGGUUGAAAAAUGUUACAAAAAUUAUUUACCGUAAAUUUGUUUGAGAAAAAUAGUGUUUCUUUUGUUUUUAGACAUAAGGUGUACUCAUACUGAAGGCAAAUUUUGACGUAACAUUAAUCUAUAUUAAAUGAUAUAUUGAAAUUAUUAAAAAUUCUUGAUCUUUGACUUGUUUAGGCAUAUGUUUAAACUGAAUUUUGUAAAAAAAAAAUAGAUACUAAUGCCAACUGUGAGUAAAAUUUAAUAAAAAAAAUUUAAGCUACACGUAUGUACGUACAUACACAUUGGACUAUUAUUGCAGCGGCAACAAACAACCUCUAAGCCGGGCAAUUAGGUGUUUUUCAGGGACGACGGAAAGUUUGGAGGCUGGCCGGAAUGGAAAUUAGGGAAAUUUUACUGAAGUGACAGUUUUUGAGGAGGAAUAAAUCUGUCAUUGGAAGGGUCCUUCAAUUUCUCACUCGCCAGAAUCCCAAAAGAACGCCUGUAGUGAUUCCAAGUUUCCAAGUUUUUGUGAGGGUUUUAGUUUUUCUGCACUUCAAGGCUACAGAGGAUUCCAAUUCAAAUGAUGAAAGUGUAUUACAUAUCGCCUCUCUGUAAUUUUGGAUUAAGACACUGUCGUUAUGAAAUUUGCUUCACGUGCUUAUCUUCGCACACAUUCUAAUGGCGCAAGACUGUGACUGAAAAAUGCUUGAAGUACCCUCUGAGAACACGUGAAGCAAACACUCCAUGUCGGAAAUAUAAACGUAUUGUAUUGAAAGCACACGUAAUGGACAUGGUGUCAGUGGAUACACAUUUCCUUCCAAUGUUUCCCUGGACAGUUGACUCAAAAAAGAUUAAAUUUAUUUAAUAAUAAAUAAA